UUCUCAUACUCAACUCCCUUGAUUGUUGCGCUGUUUGUUUUGGACCGCGCGAGGGAAGGACAGCCGAUCCCUAGUCUCGUUUUCUCAGAACUCAACUUUUUACUUUGGGAACUCCCUUGGAUACUCAGCCCAGCGCGAUGAAGUUGGCAUUGCCAAUGAGUAUAAGGAUCCUCCCAAAUUUCCCCGAUGUUCUCACCUUCCGGGCGAGAAGCCGGAGAGAACAGGCUGAAACCUUGAAGAAGGGCGAAGCCGGCGGACCGCUUGGCCCUGCCCAGGCCCACGUCGGCAGCGCGCGGCUCUCGUCGCGGACCCUGUUCGCGAUGCUGGUGGUCUUCGCGGCCACGUUCCUCUUGGCGUCCGUGCUGAUCUGCGCCAGGACGAGGCCGUACGGUUUCAGCACUAGUCCCCGGCUGGAGCACGUCUCGCUGGAGAAGCUCAACAGCACCUUCCUCGUGGACACACCGGGCUGCCACAUCCCGAACCUGGAGGUGAUGAGCCCCGAGAUCCGCGAGUUCAUCUACGACUACGCGGACGUGACGUGCGACGUCCCGCCGCCGCUGGUUCGCUCCGACGACGACGCCGUGUACCUCGUGAGGAAGAACGCGCGCUUCUACGGCGUGCGACCCGACUCGCUGCGGUGCUGCACGCGCGCUCUGUGGCUGCAGCAGGCCAACUUCACCCUCCCCGAGGUGGAGGGCACGAACAACGCCGAGCUGGCCAAGGUCAGGCUGCCCUCCGGCGGGGACGCCAAGUUCGGCGACGUGGUGGAGUACGCCGACGAGUGCACGCCGUUCGAAGACUCCGCCAGAGUGCCGCACGAGUUCGUGCGCGUCGAGUGCCAGUCCGAGGGCCAGGAGGUGCACCGAGACUUCCACGGCUUCGUCGACGACUACUCGUACGUCAACCUGGUCCCUCUGCUGGCCGGCCAGCCGAGCGCGGAGAUGGAGAAGUACUGCCUGCUGUCCAACUCGGUGUUCUUCGACCCCUGCCCCUGGGUGUGGAAGCAGUUCCGGCGCGCGGGCUACAGCACGGCCAUCAUGGAGGACACGCCACGCCUCGGGCUCUUCCACUUCCACAGCCCCGGCUUCGCGCGGCAGCCCACGGACGUGGACUCGCGCGCGCUGCUGCUGGCCGCGGAGCGCGAGCUGCCGAGGACCAGGGCGGGCAACACGUCGCCGGUGUGCCUCGGCCCGCGCUUCCAGGUGGAGGGGCUGUUCGACCUGGGCAGGAAGUUCAUCAGGGCCAUGCUCAAGUCCGGGACGCCCUUCUUCCACUACAUGUGGGGCACCUCGGUGACGCACGACUUCCUGAACCAGGCGCAGAUCGCGGACCCGCUGUACGAGCGCUUCAUGGUGGAACUGAUGGAGUCUGGCGUCCUGAACAACACGGCCCUCGUCUUCCUGAGCGACCACGGCAACCGGGUGGGCGGCAUCGUCACCACGUACCAGGGCCACGUCGAGGACCGCCUGCCGGUGCUCAGCUUCGUCCUGCCGCCCUGGUUCCACCGACAGUACCCCCACGCCGUCGCCACCCUCCGGCACAACACGCGCCGCCUGGUCACGGUCAUGGACGUCCACGACACCGUGCUGCAGCUCCUGGACCUGCGCCAGCUGGAGCGGCCGCGGCUGGAGGUGCUGGCGGCCGCCGGACUCCUCGUGGACAACGUGAACGAGGCCCUGGCGGCGUACCCGCAGUGCGCGCGCCUGUCCCUGCACGCCGUCAAGGACGCGCGGCGCGGCGAGCCGUCCUCGCUGGUGGGCCAGACGCAGCCGCCGGACAGGGUGCGCGAGCAGGAGUUCCUGGUGACGUUCGAGACGCGGCCCGGCGGCGCGCUGCUGGCCGGCACCGUGCGCCACCUGGUGGCCGAGAGGGUCAUGAGGCUGGCCGGCAGGGUGACGCGCCUCAACAAGUACGGCAACUCGAGCUGGUGCAUGCCGGAGCGGCACCUGCUGCUCUACUGCUACUGCGCCGACGACCUGGACGUCGAGGCCUCGACGACGCGCACCACGACGCGCGCCACGCCGUGA